AUGAAAGCAAACAAUAAUAAGGAAACGCAUUUCCGCUACAGUUCUCGUGUUUCAAGGUGUUCUACUUCUUCCACUUUUGGGUUCACAAUGCCAUCAGAUGGCGGCACUUAUGAGAAAUCGAAGAGGGUAUGGAUAUGGACAGAAAGCAAGCAAGUCAUGACUGCUGCUGUCGAAAGAGGUUGGAAUACCUUCAUCUUCUUGUCCAAGCAUAGACAGCUUGCUAUUGAGUGGUCAUCAAUCGCCUUUAUAUAUCCUUUAUUUAUUGAGGAAGGAGAAGUUUUGGGUGGCGAGAACAAAAUGGUUGCCAAUAUUUUUGAGGUUUCAACUUCCCAAGAAUUGCAGCAGCUUCAACCAGAAAAUGGGAAGGCUGAGAAUGUUAUUAUUGAUCUAUUGGAUUGGCAGAUAAUACCUGCAGAGAAUAUUGUUGCAGCAUUUCAAGGCAGUCGAAAGACAGUGUUUGCCAUCUCAAAAACUCAUUCUGAAGCACAAAUCUACUUUGAGGCCUUGGAGCAUGGUUUGGGUGGAGUUGUUCUAAAAGUUGAAGAUGUUGAAGCUGUUCUUAAGUUAGAGGACCAUUUUAACAUAAGGAAUGAAGCAAACAAUCUGUUGAGCUUGACCAAAGCCAUUGUAACUAGAGUUCAAGUAGCCGAAAUGGGUGAUCGAGUUUGUGUGGAUCUCUGUAGCCUCAUGAAACCUGGUGAAGGACUUCUGGUGGAAAUGGAUCAAGAAUCAUAUGCUAUUGAUGUAGAAUGGGGACCAGUACAUGCAUAUGUCUCAAUUCCAGGUGGAAGGACUAGCUAUCUUUCAGAGCUAAAAGCAGGUAAGGAAGUUGUGGUGGUUGAUCAGAAAGGGCAGCUGCGAACUGCAAUUGUUGGCCGUAUAAAGAUAGAAACUAGACCUCUUAUCCUUGUUGAAGCAAAGGCAUCAUUAAACACAAGCAUGGUGUCCCUCUAUUAUCAGUCGCAACUUCUUGCAACUAUAGGCAUCACAUUUCUCUUGUCACGUAUUGUGGUUCCACUUGACUCAGCCUUGCUAGCAUCAGAAGGCAAGGCUUUGCUUGAGAGUGGAUGGUGGAGUAACUGCAGCAAUCUCCCUUCAGAUCAUUGCAGGUGGCCUGGUAUAGUUUGUAAUGAGGCUGGAAGCAUCAUUGGGAUUUCUCCACCUUCAAAGUUCCUCAAGGUGAGAACUAAGUUUGGGAAUAUGAACUUUUCUUGCUUCUCAAACCUUGUUCAUCUCGACCUGGCCAACCAUGAGCUCGAGUGGAGGCAUCCCACCUCAAAUUUCUGUCCUUUCAAAACUCGGGUAUCUCAACCUCGUCCUUGA